GCCACCCGUGGGAGCAGCGCAGCAUCACCCGAGCUGACGCCAUCUCCGCCGGCAUCGCCUGCACGGGAGAAGGACAUGGGGUCUUCGCCUUCAGAGGCUGUCAACGUGUGGCCUGACACGGAUACGGAGGAUGAUUUCGAAGAACGACGAAAUCUGCAAGCACCGCUUUCAGAGGCGAAGGCUGCUUCUAUCACAACGGCCAGCUUGGGUGUGGCCUCCCGGAGCAGUGCAAGCAACGGAAGUCCAAG